GCUUUGAUCUUCAACCCUUUUAAAUUAAACUUUCUAUCGACUUUUUUCAAUCCAACUUCUUGAAUCUGCAUUCUUCUUGAAUCUGCUAUCAAUCUUCCUCCUGAGAAAAUGGCAUUGAGACCCAUCGACAAUGCUCUCCCAACAACACUCGAGAGGCCCAAAAAGCAACCUAAAGUAUCAAAUGCGAUCCAGAAACAACCGGAGACCGGCGUGAAUAACGAGAAUCAGGCUCCCUUACCGACAUCUAUAGAUGCCACCAUUGAUUAUAUCUCUUCAGAGAAUCUGAAACCGAUUUCAGACCCUGAGUUUAAGAUCCAGAGUUUAGUUGAAGGUUUAGAUUCAAAGGACUGGAUGAAGGUUUGUGAGUCACUGAAUGAUGUUAGGCGGUUCGCGCUGUAUCAUUCCUCACUCUUGCUCCCGAUCUUAGAGAAAGUCAUGUCUGUGGUUCUAAAGGCAAUGAAGAACCCUAGAAGUGCAUUGUGCAAGACCUCCAUCAUGACAUCGUCAGACAUUUUCAAUGCAUUCGGCGAAACUUUACUGGAAUUGCCCAAUUCCAAUGCAUUUGAGAGUUUGCUGCUGCAGCUACUGCUGAAAGCAUCUCAGGACAAACGGUUUGUCUGCGAAGAAGCAGACAGGGCUUUGAAUUCAAUGGUGAAAUCCAUGGCUCCACUCCUUCUUCUCCAUAAACUCCACACAUAUGUUAGCCACGGCAAUCUCAGAAUCAGGGCCAAGGCUGCCAUCUCGAUCUCCCUUUGUAUCUCUAGAAUGGGGCCCGAAGAAAUGCUGGAAUUUGGAUUUGUUUCUCUGGUCCAAAUCACCGUGAAUUUGUUGAAUGAUAGACUGCCAGAGGCUACAGAAGCUGCAAGAAGCAUUGCAACCACCAUAUACCACAGCUUUACAGAGAAGGAAGAACAGAAACAUGAUGUAUGGCAGAAUUUCUGCCAGGCUAAUCUACCAGCCAUUCAUGCUCAGUCCAUGGUCAAAAUUGUUUCCUCCCAGUUGAAUUUGGAGCGGCAGUGAUUAAUGGUGAUAGAUAACAGCUGAAGAUGAAAAAGGGGUCAGUUAUAUUAGGAGGUCAAACAUGUUUAGUAACUCUGUGUUGCAUGUAAUUGCCCUUUACAUGAAAGAUAAGGUGAUGUGUUAAAUUUUAAUCAAACUUUCUACAGGAUUGAUCUUAAUUCUCAGUUUGCCAAAUUUGAUGACACUGAAUUGUUGUGUGAGGCAUUGCUAUCAUAAAGCUCAUGAUUAGAACAUUGAUUUUAGGCAAGUACUAUUU